AUGCCGACUAAAGCCGUGAGUAACCUCGUCGACUACGCUGAGGAGUUCCCCAAGAAACUCUCGCCCAUCUCCCAAGCCCUACGCAAGCGUGCUGUCAAGGACCUAGCCACAAGCAGAACUCCUUGGGUUGUUCUCGCCGCCUCUGUGCUCGAGGUGCUCGUUGCAGAACUGCCGCAGCAUCUGGCGCUGUUUGCAGCCGAUGUGGUGGCUGUGAUCGAGAUGAUGCUCGAGAGUAACGUGUACGAGCUGCAGUCCAAGGGCGCGGCGGUGUUUGUCACCUACGCUUCGCACCUGGACGCCGAGCUGUACUCGCGCCACAAGUGGACCACCUUUGUGGAGUACUUUUCUGCCAUGUGCUGGAAGCAGCUCGCGACCGGCUCACCGCUAGUCCGCCCGGGUCUCCUCGGCCUCCGGGCUGUCAUCUCGCAGUCGGCCAUUCUCGACACUGAACUUGUCGACGUGCUCUCUUCGAUUGUGCCGGCCAUUGUAUCAAACAUGUCGCGCAACGACUCGACGCUGCCUGACGAGCUGCUGGCGGCGCAUCCGUUUGUGUCAGGCGCGGUGCGUCGGCGGCGGUCGGGCGGCGGGCGAGGCGGGCGGCGGCGGUCGGGCAGAGCAGGCGGUGGUGGGGGCCGUCGGGGCAAGCGCCGCCGGCGCCGGCGGCAGGCCAGCAAGCGUGACGACGACUCGAUGGUGAGCGUCGAUAAGCCGUCAUCGUCGUCAUCGUGGUCGUCGGCAACGGCAUCGCGCGACGCCGCCGGCUCGGGCACGACCUCGCGGUCGGAUGCUGCCGGGUCAGACGCCAGCGCGUCCGACGUCAGCCUGGACGACGUGGCGCUCUCGGCAGUCGGCGUUGACCUCUCGCGCGAGCGCAUCGACGAGCUGACCGAGGCCGAGCUCGCUGGCCUUGCGCUCUACGAGAUGGGUGCACAUGCCAACUCAAGCACGCUCCGCACCAUCAUCCGCACGCUGCUGGACUACUUUACCACCGGCGAGAUGUGGACCGAGUCGGGCGUCUUUAUUGGCAAGGUCAUGCGCAUUCUCAUGGCGGCCGUCGGCGUCUCCUACCGCUACGUCCCGGUCCAGUCUGCGCUCGAGUACCUUCCAGCUGUUCCGCACACAGCGACCAAGGCGCGGAUUGUCGACCUGGCCUGCUCGCUCCUUGCCACCUCGCGGGUCCCGCUGGACACCUCGACUGCGCUGCAAGUCCUCAACCAGCUUGUAGCCACUCUUGCGGGCGCUCGCGGCGAGCUGCGCAAGGCUAUUGUCAACGGCGUCCUCACCCUUGCGCAAGCGCUGCCGACGUCGUCGGAGCGGCUGGAGCUCCUGCUGUUCCUCGGCUCGAAGCUCUCGUUCUGCGCCGCCGACGAAGCCGCUGUCCCGCUCCUCGACGCCGCCACCGCGGUCGCGUCGACGCUGGCCGCCAUCGCGCCCGCCAAGAUCGCCUUCCUCGAGCCGCUCCUCGACGCGCUCACGGUUGCAGCGUCGGCGCCGUCGACCGCCAACCGCGUCCGCGUCCACAAGGUCUACGCCCACCUGUUCUCGGUUGCGGCCGAGAACCAGGGCUUUGAAGCCAAGUACGGCUCGCAAGUCCGUUACGCCAUGUACUUUCUCAUCACCCAGCGGCGUAUUGUCGUUCACCCGUGUGACCUUGCAGCCAUGGCUGAGACCCUUGCUGUCCUCCUGCGGACCGCGCUCGUCGAUGAGGUUGCGCAGACCGUGCCGAUGCUGUUCAAGCUGCAGGAAAAGGCCUCGACGCUCCCUCCGCCACUGGCCUCUUCGGUCCACACCUUUAUCGGCGGCUACCUCCGCGCGCUCGGCGAGCGAGUCCAGUCGGCCGAGCUUGUCGACCACGUUGACCGUGUCGCUGCUGCCCGCUCCACCGCCGGGCUCAUCUGCCCGUACGUUGCACUUGACGCCGACGCCGGCGACGCUGCCCGCCUCUACCUCGCUACCGAGACCUCCAAGUAUCCAGCGCACGUCGUCACGGUUUUGGAAGACUUUCUGGCGGCGGCCGGCGGUGGAUCGGGCUCCGACUCGGAGGCCUCGCCACGCGGGAGCGAAGGCCGGCGGUCGCGACGCAAGCGCAAGUCGCGGCGCGCCCGCGCAGCCGCCCGCGCCAUCGACCCGAUUGUGCCACCGCUGUUUGAGAAGGAGGUUGUGGUCUCGUGCCUCCUCUCUGCCGACGUCAUCCGCGACGCCGACAUCAACGUGGAGCAAGUCCUCGACUCGGGUUGGUCGUCUGCGCAGAUUGCCAAGGAGCACCAGACCAUUCUCGCGCGGCGCAAGCACAAGCAGCAUCUCUUCCACAAGCUUGCCGCCAUGGCCGGCAUGUUUACCUCGCUGCACAAGGCCGCCAAGGAGGCCGGGCUCGACUCGGCCGCGCGGCGCAACGAUCUUGCCGCGUCGGACGUCGAGCUCUUUGCUGACAUGUUCCGCGACGGUGCCUCGCUCGCAGCGCCACCCGACGCCCGCUCGGCGUCGAUGCCGGUCUCGGUUGCCCUCCACCAGUCGCACGACGCGAUGGCGGCAUCCUGCGCCGCAACUCGCGGCGCCCGGCUUGACCGUGCCGCAAUUCUUCUCGGCGACGUCGAGACUGCGGCUUCUGACGCGCUGGUGGGGCAGUCGACCGCGGCACUCGCUCUCGGCGGCUCGUCCGAGCUCGACGAGUCCGAGUCCGAGGCCGGCACGACGGUUCUGGCAACCACCUCGCGCGGCGGCUACGGCAUGGCCUUUCCGUCGCUCAGCCGCUACUCGGCGUUCUCGGGCCCACCAGCUCAUGGGCCUGAUGGACAGGGGAGCGGAGGCAUGGCUGGGGUGCUCGCUGUGCGGCGCACGCCUGCACUGCCGGCGGGCGUCACGCUUGUGCAGAACGACUCGUCGCUGACGCCGAUGCAGAACAUGUCUGCCACAUUCGACUUUACCACGUGGGCUGCCCGGACAUCAGGCGGCCCGCUCAAGUUUGCCGAGUAAAGGUGCGU